AUGCAGGACACUUCUGCCUUCAUUUCAUUAGAUGGCAUAGGGGAUGCGGCUGAUCUGAAUUCACUAGCUUCCAUUGCUCUUCUUGGGGCGGAUGCUCCAUUCGUCUCAACCUCAGAAAAUCGGCCACAAGGAACUCCUGGAGAAGUGAGCUCAAAAGUAGAUGAAUGCGAUAAAUACCGAAAUACAAAUGCUCCAAAUUUCCACCUGGGCUGUUCCACUAGACAACCCUUGGUGUCUCCGCUGGGGUUUUCUGGCAGCAAACUUCUGGGGUCAUCUGCUUCGCCUGCACAGACGAACUUAGACUGUGCGCUAUCUGCAGCUGGAGCGGGCAAUUCCCCAAACAGACCUAUCUCUCCCAGCCUGGGACAUCAAGCAGAGCUUUGCAAGAAUACCUUGGAAGCGCAACACUUUAUCCCCGUUACGUGCACCGGCAACAACUGCGGGGCUGCUUGUUCUAAUUUUUGUAGCGUAGAGGUGCACAGCGAAAAAGGAUCCUCCUGGGGAGUCAUUGAAGAACAGCAACAACGGCUAGAGUGUUUGCAACAAGCCAUAAACUACUGUGAAGAAAGAAGCAGCAUGGGACGCACCCUCCGGUCUCGUGAGGCCGCCGUUCGCGCUCGGUUACUACAUGAAAGAUUGGAGCAACAAAUGCACAUGCAGAAACAGAGGCAACAAAGAAACAACGAUUUAAUCAAUGAAGCUGUAGGGUUUUCUCUCGAAAAAACAGUCGAUCCACACCGUCCUGCAGCUGAGCGUCUCACUGUCUGUCUGACUGCUUUACGCAAGCACAUGCAGAGGUCGCUGUCUCCUUCAACUUUCGCCACCGUCUCUACAACUCCAGGACUAGGUGGGACGUGGCCUUUGCCCUGCGUACUGUCUUCGCAGAAGAAAUAUGAGGAACAGCAUGCUGAGGAACAUGGCUGCAAUUUGCGAAGUACCACCACUAAUCCGGCAGGGUUAUACGCUAGGGAAGAGAAGCUCAAGAGAAAGCAACCUGAGGCGAAGAGCAAGGGGUCCAACUGUCUUGCUGCUGUGUUGUACAAAGGGCCAGAAGAUGCUUCUGCUGGGCGCGAACUUGUACAGACACGAGCAACACUCCUGCUUCAACAGGAGCAGGGCGACAGUAACUCCUUGCAGCAGCUACUUUCCCUUGAAGGAGAAGUACGCGGACGCAUGGCGACGCUGGGCGAAGAAGGAUGCUGCGUACCAAUUGGAACAGGAGAUAUCUGUGGAGAACGUACAGAGCACAAGGAACAACGCAGUGCACACACACCCAUACCAGAGGAGACGUCAGAGGUCCACAGAAAGUGGACGCUUCCUCAGUCCCCACCGCAGCGCCUGAUUGCUCAUUCGCAAUUAUGCUGUAGCAGCAGCUUAAUAACACACAAAGAAGGCCAGUCAAAGGGAACCGAAGCUGCAGCAACUUCCAAGGAUCUUGUAAGCAACGAACCACAGACAACCUUUGGAGAACAGCAGUGGCAUAAUCUUGCUCGCCAGGUGUUUCUGCUGCAACAAAUGCUCUUGCAGAGGGAUUCACAUGGAAGACAGAUAUCGCGCAAAAAGCAUAGUUGCCGGCGGCAUAUUUGCACAAAAGCAUCUCCAAAGGCUUGCCUUACAGCGACAGAUGCAGUUGGUAGCUGCCGUAGAGUUCAUCCUGAAGCGGCACAAAUGGAAACAAACUCCCCGCCAACAAGCGCAGCAAAUAAUGCAGUUUCAAUGGAACCGAACAUGAAAAACGUGGAUAUAGAUAUGGAGCCAGAUGCACAGGCUGCGGCGACUACAAAACUACGUUCUGGCGUUGAAUGCACGCUUGAUAAGCAGCGGCAGCAGCUAAAUAAGCAGAAGAUGCAAAAAGAGCAGUGCGAGCGGGAGAAUUCAAAGCCGAGUGCUGCCAACAAUGAGUUUUGCCACGAGGUUCUGGAAAGCAGCACUCUGCAGUCAUUUUCCAAUUUGCGGUCUCAUGAUUUGUCAAGCACUGCAAAUGCUCUCGGCAGCGUGUGCAACAAUGGCAGCAAAAGUAGUUGCCGGGGUUCAGACGCUGUGCACCAAGUGCGCAGCAGGGCGGGGACACCCGUGGCAUCCGUCAACCCGCCACUCCGACAAGACCGCAUGGUUACCAGGGCUGCACAAACAUCAACUGUGGCACAGCUCUUUAGGAAUGCAGAACAAACAGCAUCCACCACCAAUGGCAAAAGUAACGCCUCUGGGGACUUCUUUGGGACUUCCGCUCUCAAGACUACCUACUAG